CAAGACUUUAAAGAUGAGCGACUCUUCCAAGAAAGAAGGUGACAUUCUGCUGCCUGCAGAGCUGAGGAUCGUCCUGCUCGGGAUGGUUGGAGUUGGGAAGAGUGUUUCAGGAAACAAAAUCCUGGGCAAUGACCUAUUUGACUCAAAGCGCUGUCCAUCUGCUGUCACACAGAAGUGCCAGAAGGAAAUGGGGAAUAUUAACAACCAAAAUGUGGUUGUUGUUGAUACUCCUGGUCUGUUAAGCAUUGACCAAACAGAAGCGGAGAUUGUGAGAGAGAUCAAGAAAUCCAUCAAUCUUGCCGAACCUGGUCCUCACGUGUUCCUGAUUGUGCUGAGUGUGAAAGAUAAAUACACAAAGAAAGAAGAAGACAUGGUGAAAAGCAUUCGCGAUACAUUUGGCAAAAACACAAUGGAUUACACUAUGGUGUUGUUCACCCAUGGAAAAGAUCUGCAAGGUACCAUAGAAGACUUUUUUCGUGGCAAUGAAAAUCUCCACGAGCUAAUCAAAAAGUGCAAGUAUGAAUACCAUCUUUUUGACAAUCGCUCAGGGACCGACCAGGUCGAAGAUGUCCCUGAGCGAUUGUCUCUACUGAAGAAGAUCAACGAUAAGGUUCAGACAGCAGAAGGAAGAUACUACACCGCUGAGAUGCUCCAAGAGGCUGAAACUACCUUACAACAACAGGUACAAAAUGGCCCAGAAGGAGGAACACGACCCAAGCUAGCUUAUAUUAAAGUUGGUUUGGGUGUUGGAUGUCUGUUUGGAUAUCUUUCUUUUAAUGGUCAGAUGAUGUCUGCCAUAGGAGCGGUACUAGGAGCCGUAGGGGGUGGACUACUGUGCGCUGCACUGGCAAGUUUAGUGAUACACACCCAAAAAAAGGGCAAAUGGAGCGAAACAUUUAGUUGUCUUGUUUAAGCUGAUCAGACCAAUUCUUACAAAUGAAAAUACUGUAAAGGGGGAAAUGAUGAUGGUGUGGUUUGUAUAUUUAGUUAUUUCUGUUUUGUUUUAAUGCCUGCUAAUUCAAAGUAGCCUAUGUUUAAUAAACAAGGGCCAUUCUCACAGUAGGUGAGUUAGCUACGUUUGCUGGUGAUUGGUUGUGGGCUGACCUAAACCUUUUAUGUUUCUAGAAUAAUAAAUAAUAUCACCCAGUUUAGAUUAAUAUAGUAUGGGCUCUGACCGUGUCAUCCCCAAUAAGUAAUUGAAUAAUAACUUCCACGCUGACAGUCGUCUUUCAGAUAUUAUACUCAACACUUUUCUAAUACAAGAGCCUGCAUAAAGAGUUUAUCAGUUGUAACUAACAACUUUAAUAGUUAAUGUGUUGUAGAUCUGUUGUGUGUCACUAAUAGGGACAACAGUAGGGUUGCCAGGUUGUGAGAAAUCCUGCUCUAGUGUUUAUCCUUUCUAUGUUGUAAUAAUUAUGUUAUACAUUUUGGUCAAUUCACUCAUAAAUACUCAUUGGUUUCUCACUUUUGAAUGAGCUGUUAAUUCUGUGGUUAUACAUUUUAUUAAAUGGAUUUUAAACCAAACAUUUGUUUCAUCAUUUCUAGAAAACAUCAGGGAUUGAUUUAAAAUGAGUCAUGUAAAAAUAGUAAAAAGAGCACGUACCUAUGUCAUGGACUAAGGUCCAUA